CUUUCCGGCUGCCGGGUUCACGGCCACGCCUCUUCCGGCGCAAGUGCGACCAUGGCGCAGGGGCAGCACAAGUUCCAGGCGCGGAAGCCGGCGAAGAGCAAGGCGGCGGCGGCGGCGGCGGCUUCCGAGCGGAACCGGGGCCCGAGGAAGGGCGGCCGUGUCAUCGCCCCCAAAAAGGCGCGCAUCGUGCAGCAGCGGAAGCUCAGGAAGGACCUGGAGGUCGGGAUCCGGAAGAAGAUCGAGCAUGAUGUGGUGAUGAAGGCCAGCUCCAGCCUGCCCAAGAAGCUGGCGCUGCUGAAGGCCCCCGCCAAGAAGAAGGAGGCAGCCUCUUCCUCCAAGACGCCUUCCUGAGGACAGCAGCCCAGGGAAGACCAUGCGCACUGUGGGGAGCAGGAGCCAUGCGCCCCAGAGCCUCAGGUGGCACCUCGAGCUUCACUGGGCCGGCCCGUGCGCCGGUGACCAAGCAGCAGAUCCAUAGAGUGCCUGGAACUCAGCAGAGGCCAGAGGGGACCGGCACCAGCUCCCGCGGCCCCCUCCCCUCUCCAGGUCCUGUCUCCACAGUUUCAGCCUGAACAAUAAACCGGACUCUCCCUUCUCUUGCA